GUCUGCAGGACGACGGAAGUUGCCUGCAUCCUCAUCAGUAAACUUAGGGGCCUGUUUCAUGCCGAGACUCACUAGAGAUGAGGUUUUGGGAAUACCGGCCUCCAUGUUAACACAGAGCUGCACCCACUGCCAUGUCCUCCACUUCUGUGUCGACAUCCACUUGUUGUGGUGGUGAUGCUACCAUGGCGACGCAGGCGUCCGAGCAGGCUCUGUUGGCCUCAGACCGCUACGCCAGACUCAUCCUGGCCCAGAUGAACAAGAUGCGGCUCCGCACGGACUUUUGCGACGUGGGGCUGAAGGUUGGCGGCCGCGUCUUCAGGGUCCACCGACUGGUGCUCGCCGCCAGCAGCCCGUACUUCGCCGCUCUUUUCUCCGGGGGGAUGAUGGAGGCGGAUAAAGAGGAGGUGCAGAUCCUUGGAGUGGAGACGGAGGUCUUUGAGGUUUUGCUGGACUUCAUAUACACAGGUGUGAUCAGCGUGACAGUGGAGAACGUCCAGGAGCUGAUGGUGGCAGCAGACAUGCUGCAGCUGAGCGAGGUGGUGUCAAUCUGCGGAGAGUUUCUCAAGGGCCACAUGGACCCGUCCAACUGUGUGGGCAUCUUUCAGUUCCUGGAGCAGAUUGCCUGCAUGGACAUGCUGGAGUUCACUGAGAACUACAUCCAUGUUCACUUUCUGGAGGUGUGUGUCACAGAUGAGUUCAGGGGCCUUUCGAAGGAUCAGCUGGUGAGGCUGCUGAGAAGUGAAGAGCUGAGAAUUGAGGAUGAGUACCAGGUAUUCACUGCAGCCAUGGACUGGGUUCUCCAAGAUGUGGCAAAGAGGAAAAAGCAUGUGGUGGAGGUGCUGGAACCAGUCCGCUUCCCUCUGCUUUCCCCACAGAGACUGUUCAAGUACAUAGAGGGUAUUACAGAUUUCAGCCUGCGGGUGGCACUGCAGACUCUGCUGAAGGAAUACACUGAAGUCACAAAGUCUCCAAAAGAAAAUAAGAUGUACAGUCAGCUGCAACCAGCCAAGAUGAGACCCAGAAGAAAAGCCAGGAAAUACCUCUAUGCCAUAGGAGGCUACACUCGGCUGCAGGGCGGCCGCUGGAGUGACAGCCGGGCGCUGAGCUGCGUGGAGCGCUUCGACACCUUUAACCAGUACUGGACCACCGUGUCGUCCCUGCACCAGGCCCGCAGCGGGCUGGGGGUGGCGGUGCUGGAGGGCAUGAUCUAUGUGGUGGGAGGGGAGAAAGACUCAAUGAUUUUUGACUGCACAGAGAGGUACGACCCAGUGACCAAGCAGUGGGCCGCUGUGGCCUCUCUCAACUUUCCUCGCUGUGGAGUUGGCGUCUGCCCCUGCCACGGAGCUCUGUAUGCACUUGGUGGCUGGAUCGGCUCGGAGAUUGGGAAGACCAUGGAACGAUAUGACCCAGAAGAGAACAAGUGGGAGGUCAUCGGCAGCAUGGCGGUUCCUCGCUACUACUUUGGCUGCUGUGAGCUACAAGGGUUUAUUUAUGUGAUUGGAGGAAUCAGUGACGAAGGUAUGGAGCUGCGCUCGGCCGAGGUGUAUGACCCCAUCUCCCGCCGAUGGAGCGCUCUGCCCGUUAUGGUGACACGUCGAGCCUAUGUGGGCGUCGCCUGCCUCAAUAACUGCAUCUACGCGGUGGGCGGCUGGAACGAGGCACUGGGUGCACUGGAGACAGUGGAGAAGUACUGUCCGGAAGAGGAGAAAUGGGUUGAGGUGGCGCCGAUGUCUACAGCUCGUGCCGGCGUGUCAGUGUCAGCAGUUAAUGGGCUGCUGUACGCCGUCGGGGGCAGAGCCGCCAGCAGAGACUUCUCUGCCCCAGUGACGGUGGACUCGGUGGAAAUCUAUGACCCUCACCUGGACACCUGGACCGAAGUCGGCAACAUGAUCACCAGCCGCUGUGACGGCGGGCUGGCUGUCCUCUGAUAGCCAGGAAUGUUCGAAUUGUGACCACCUUUAUCAGCACCAGAAUCAUCCCAUAACUGCAUCAACUGAAGAAAAGCUGCACCUUAAGAAACACAAAAGUGUGUUUCAUGCCUCAAGUAGGCAAAUUAAACAUGUUGUCAUUUGUCCAGAACAUUUGACAUUAACUGAACAUAAGAAUAUGACAGCAGAUCUAAAACUGGAAAACUGCCAAAUCUGCUUCCGCAUACGUUUACUCUUACUGUUGUGUCUCUAUUUCCAAUUCACUAAAUAAUUUUACAUGACUAUUAGAGUGGCAACAUGCUCGUUUUCCUCUUUUGUGUGUUUGAAGACAAAGCGAUCCUUGUGAUAAGGACAUUUUUUCACUGUGGAGCUCUAUUCUGGAUGAAGUGUAAGAGUCCUAUGAGGACUACGAACUCUUGGACAAGAUGUGAAAACACUGAUUUUUGUUUUUUUAGUUUGUUUUCUUUUUAUUUUUCCACAAAGAAAUGUUUGAGGUGAGUGCUUUGCUACUUGGAAGAUUUAUCAGACCACUUGAGCCUAUUUAAUAUGGGACCAAAGUUCCGUGGUAAGUGAUUUCUGUAAAUAAUUAUACACUUGAACAGCACACCACUGUGCAGUUAUCGCUCAGUAAUUUUCACUGGAUCCUUUUUGUAUAUAUGAUACUGUAAAUAUUAGUGCCUCUUUGUCACCAUUCAUCAUUUCACUCAUCAGUGGCACCUGAAAUUAAUUCAACUCACAUUUCAACUUUCUGAUGUUAAGGUACACGACAUAACUAAAAGACAAUGCACAAGUUUAUGAAUGUGUUUACCUUCUUCAUGCUAAGUUAUCAUGUUUCCUCUGGAUGUUGGAGCUCAUCACAUUUGCCAGCAGAGUGGAGCAGUUGCACAUUAACAGUAUUUCCUAUCAUGUAUUGUUGCAUCUCUUAGCAGACAACAGAAUAUUGUUACACAACAGUAAUAAUGUCUUUUAUUGGUUGAUUUCAGACUUAAUAAACUUCAGAAGAGUUAAAUGUGUGCUGGGCUUAAUAUUAACCCACAUUCCUCAUUUAAAAUUAAC